AUACUCCAGCAGAAGUUCACGCAUUUUCACUUCGUAGAAGUUUCACUUGAAUGAACUAUUUUACUCUCUCUUUCUUGGCAUGAAUUUGGAAAUGACUUUUGAUGACCUCGAGAUCAAGACAAUGAAGGACCAAGCUGAUCAGAAGUCAAAUGGAAAGAAAGCCGAAGGUCCUCGCCUCCUUUCUUCACCAUGCUGGUGCCCUGCUGCUGUGACUCUAGGUGUCCUUUGUCUGGGAUUACUGGUGACCAUUGUAAUGCUGGGACUGCAAUUGUCCCAGGCGUCCGACCUCCUAAAGAGACAGCAAGUAAACCUUACUCACCAGGAAAAUAUACUGGAGAGACAGACCUUAGCCUUGCAGCAAGCAGAAGAAGCUUCCCAGGAGUCACAAAGGGAACUCAAGAAAAUGGUAGAAACCCUUGCCCAGAGGCUGGAUGAGGAAACCAAAAAGCAAAUGGAACUUGAACACCAGAACCUGAACCUCAAAGAAGCUCUGAAGAGAGCUGCAAACUUCUCAGGUCCUUGUCCCCAAGAUUGGCUCUGGCAUGAAGAAAACUGUUACUUAUUUUCCUCUGGUCCAUUUAGCUGGGAGAAGAGCCAAGAAAACUGCUUAUCUUUGGAUGCUCAUUUGCUGAAAAUUAAUAAUACAAGUGAUCUGGACUUCAUCCAGCAAGCAACUUCCCAUUCCAAUUUCCCGUUCUGGAUGGGGUUGUCUCUGAGGAAACCCAGCUCCUCAUGGCUUUGGGAAGAUGGUUCUCCUUGGAUGUCCCAUUUGUUUAGCCUCCGAGGUUCGGUUUCCCAGAUGUUCCCUUCAGGCACCUGCGCAUAUAUACAACGGAGAGCUGUUUUUGCUGAAAACUGCAUUUUAGCUGCAUUCAGUAUUUGUCAGAAGAAGGCAAAUCUACUGAGAGUGCAGUGAAUUUGAAGGCUCUGGAUGAAAAAAGUCUUUUAUUCUGGAGUUAAGUGAUUUUUUUUUUUUUUUGUCACUUGGAGGAGAGUCCCAAGAACUGCCUGUGAUUAAUUAGCUUUGGAACUCCUUUGCAAAGACUGGGGCUCCAGCUACCUGACACUUUUACAUCCAAAAUUUUGAUUCUAUCUACCUAUAUGUUUUCUCCUGUUCAUCCCAGGCCUUCCUGCAAGACUUCAAUUCCUCUCCUCCCCUCCUUCACCCCCCGAAAGUUGACUGUUCUCCAAGAUUGGGAACACUUUGCUCUCAAUCUUCUCUAUCUCCACGCUUUCACCUUCUUCUUCCCCCCUAAACCUGCAGAGAAGGCAGAACCCAGAGAACUUGCCCAACUGCUGGCAGAGGGCAAGAAAGGGGAAACGCGCCUGAGUGCACAUGACGAAACAGAGCAGGGAAAGGCCAAAACAGAGCAGGGAAAGGCCACCCUGGCGUGGAGAAGCUCACGCUCUCCACUUUAAAAUCCAGAGCUCACUGGUCUUAACUGUGGUCCACCUCUAGCCUCUGCCUUUUACACACACACACACACGUGCACAUGCACACUGCAUCCACGUGCAUUUGAUGGCAAUUUGGAGGUUUCAGGAAGCAGUUAGUAACUGGAUGAUCUUUUCUGUGAAGUAAUUCACAAUUCACGAGCAGUUCCUGAGUCGGUUAUUAUUUCUUCAUCUUUUCUCCACCAACGUUUAAAACAGUAGCUUUAACCCUUCAAAAGCAGUGUUCAUGAGAGAUGUAUGGGCCAAAGGAAAAUAUAGUAUAAUAUUUUCCCUGAAAUACAUGUUUUUUUGUAGAUAACCUCUCCUUCCACUCUGUCAAGUUAUGCUAUCCUUCAGAAACAGACAAGACCAAAGAAACAGACAUAUUCAAUUCCGUAACAAAUUGAGCCAGGUUUGCAAAUGUUGCCGAAUAGAAAUGGAUGGAAUUAGAAAUGCUCCUUCCGUUUUCAGCACUUUUACUUCCUUCCAACCCGCUUCACAGGCUACUCUGAUUUAAAAGAAGCCUUUCCAUUUUGCUGUACAUAAUCUCGCCCCAAUGUAGAUAGAAAGCUGUAGCACCUCUAGGCAGACAAGAGAUGGUUCUUUUGCUAACGGCUUUCUUGAAAUAUGAUUGACCCAGAACACACUGAACAUGUGACACGAACCAACACAUUUCCACAAUCAAGGCAGUGAAUGUACUCCCCCUGCAAAACGUGCAUCAUGCCCCUCCCCGAAGCCCUCUUCUUAGACAGGGGACCCUCGAUCUUUUUGGCACCGGGGACCGUUUUUGUGAAAGACAAUUUUUCCACAGACUGAGGAUGGCAUGGGAGGAUGGUUUAGAGAUCAUGCAACCUGGGGCCCCUUAUAUGUGCAAUCACAGUACGGUUCUCCUGUGAGAAGCUGGUGCCCCAUUGAUCAGAGCUCAGGCCAUCAUGUGAGUGACAGGGAGUGACCGUAAAUACAGAGGAAGCUUUGCUCACUGCCCAGAGCUCACCUCCUGCUGGGCGCCUGCCUCCUAAUAGGCCACAGACCAGUACUGCCAAAAUGGGUAUGUCGCUGGACUCCCACAUAGUUGACUGUGGUUUGAGAACCAGGCCCAGCACUUAAAAAUUCACAGCAGGUGCUUGUGCGUGCAUGCCCAAGACCCCAAGAGGAGAAGGGAGGAGAAGAGAUCGCGGCGUGGCCAUCCCUCCCCAUAGAAUGAUUUCUCGCUUUCCAUCUCUCUGUCUGGUCCAUGGCCUGGAGGUUGGAGACCCCUGUCUUAGAUGACCAUAGUCUGCUUUCAAUUUGCAUUUUGUACAGUUUUAUAUGAAUAGGAUCAUAUGGCAUGCCUUUUGUUUCUGUCCCGCUUUGUUCACUUUGUAUAAUUAUCUUGCAAUUUGUACAUCUCUGUCUUAUUACUAUGUCAACUGCUCAUUCUUUUUAACAUCGAGUAUCCCCUCAUGGGGAUAUGUCCCAAUGUGUCUCUCUCUUUACAUGUUGAUGAUGUUUGGGGUUGUUCCGGUUUGGGGAUGUUACAAAUAAAGCUACUAUGAACA